AUGCGCACUGGCACCAGGGAUGGAUCGCGAAAGCGACCCAAGGUUGUGGUGGAGAGCGACGAUGAUACCCAAGCACUAGAUCACGAACCAAGCCACGCGCACGUCGCAAUGGCACAAAUUGAGCAGGGUCUCUUGUGCGGCAUAUGCAUCGAGUUAUAUGACCGACCAUGCGUUCUAUCACCGUGCGGGCAUGUGUUUUGCGCUGGAUGCCUGGUCACAUGGUUCUCUGUUGCUCAGGAAGUGAAUGAGGAUCCAUAUGAUGAACGUCGACAGGGUCUUAUUCGCCGCAAGAAAAUGUGCCCAAGCUGUCGGGCUCAAAUCAAUACUCCACCAGUGGAGCUCUGGGCUCUAAAGGAUGUUCUUGCUGCUAUACGUAACUACAAGGGCGUGUCUAUAUCAAACACUAGUGAAAUUAAGCAAUCAUUGUGGGAUGGUUUGUUCAAUCCAACAACGUUCUACCAUGUAAUACGCGAUCAAGAUGACGGCGUACUGCGCUGCGGCAUUUGCUCAAGUGAAAUUCUUGAUGGCCAGUGUACAGGAAAUGAUUGCGGCAUUGUCUAUGAAAAUUUAUCCGAUGAAGAGCAAGCCUUACAUGCAGACAACGUGCAUGCAGAAUCUGAAGACGUGUCUGCUGAUGAGGAAGAAGACGCAGGAUCGUUAAAUGACUUCGUGGUGGAUGACAAUGACGAUGUGGGGCAAGAGAUUGAGUCAGCCUCGGACGACUCGAGUAUCGUGGCUGUAUCACCGAAGCGUUCUGAGCAAGACAUGUCUUCGUCCUCGGAGCAAGAAGAUGAUGAUACGCUUCCAGAUCCUUCCUACGUACGCCGCAAGCGUCUCGAGGCUCUAUUACAGGCGCGCUCCCGUCGGCGUCAUCCCUCAGGGCCGGCAUCGCCUCCUACAGAUUCUGAAUCGCAAGACUAUACCGAUGAACACGAUACCGACGACCAUGGCGGUCACAUGAUUUACGACGAGGCGGAGGAAGCGUCGAGCGACGUGGCUUCCGUGUAG